UCACAUACGCGCGCACACUAUCUCUCUCUCUCUCUCUCUCUCUCUCUCUCUCUCUCUCUCUCUUCCCAUCAUUCUUCAGUCCGUGCGUCACCUGAGCAGAGUUCAGCUCGUCUCGUCGGCUCUCAGUGGUGUUUGUUCGGGAGAAUAUGAUCAUCAUGAGAGGUUCCGUUGUUCUUCAGCUGCUGCUCGUGAUUUUGAGCGCGGGAGACGCGCGAGAGAGCGUCGGGAAUUUCAUGGAGGAUGCGCGCGAGAACGGGCAGUUCAGCCGCACCGUCAAACACUGGAACCGCUUCAGAGACGAUGACUACAUCCGUACAUUGAAAGAUCCACAGACUUCUGACGAAAGUGUGGAUACCACAAAGGAUCCGUGCCAGAAGGUGAAAUGCAGUCGUCAUAAGGUGUGUGUUGCCCAGGGUUACCAGAAAGCCAUGUGCAUCAACCACAAGAAACUGGAACACAAGAUCAGACAGUCUGAACUGAACAGCUGUAAACCCUGUUCAGUGACGUCCUCAACACCUGUGUGUGGAUCAGAUGGACACAACUAUUCAUCACAGUGUAAAAUGGAGCAGCAGGCGUGUUUGUCGGGUAAGGGAGUGUCUGUGUUGUGUUCUGGUUUAUGUCCUUGUGUUCCUAAACCAGAACCCAAGAUCAAGACUGAUCCAGAGUCUUCAGCUGAAUCCAAACCAGUCUCUGGAGAGAUCUGUACUGGUCAGGAUUUGGCGGAUCUGGGUGACCGGCUCAGGGACUGGUUUCAGCUUCUCCAUGGCAACGCUAAGCAGAACAACUCCGGACGACAGAGCACAACAUCAGUGUUUGACAAGGCUCUCGUGGCGGGCUGUAAGGACUCUAUUGGCUGGAUGUUCUCCAAGCUGGACACCAGUAAUGACCUGUUCCUGGAUCAGUCCGAGCUGGCCGCCAUAAACCUGGAGAAAUAUGAAUUGUGCAUUAGACCUUUCUUCAACUCCUGUGACUCCUACAGAGACGGCAAAGUCUCCACAGCAGAAUGGUGUCUGUGUUUCUGGAGAGAGAAACCUCCAUGUCUGCUUGAGAUUGAGAGGAUCCAGAUACAGGAAGCAUCUACAAGAAAACCAGGUAUGUACAUCCCCAGCUGCGACGAAGACGGCUAUUACAGGAAACUGCAGUGUGACCGCGGUCGAGGCGAGUGUUGGUGUGUAGAUCCGCAUGGAACAGAGGCCACGGGGUCACGUAUCCAUGGAAACCCAGACUGCGAUGAUCUGGUCAGCUCGGGAGAUUUCAGCAGCGGCGUCGGAUGGGAGGAUGAAGAGGAGAAAGAGACGGAGGAGAAUGGAGAGGAGGAGGAGGAGGAGGAGGAGCCGGGAGAGAGUGAUGAUGGAGGAUACAUCUGGUAAAACAUCUACAGGUGACACGUGUCCAUGAGCGCUGCAGAUCAGCUCGUCCGCAGACAAACCAGCUGUUUUCUUAGUUUUUUUGACGCAUUCAAAAGAGAUUUAACAGGGUAGUAUAUUUAAUCCGAGAUGAUUUAUGCAAAAUAACUUGUUCUUCAGGGUAAAUAAGCUUCUGGAGAGCAGGUUAACACACCUGUUUAACUGUGCAUGUGACUAUAGUCAGAGAUUCGUGUGCAACAGUGCCUGCCCACUAUUUCAGCUGUGUUUAUGAAUUUUUUUUUUUUUUUUUUUAAACAAAAUCCUUCAUUAUAAGAGUUGUAUCACAACUAAAAAAAAAAAAGUACAGUGGCAAGAAAAAGUAAGUGGACCCUUGGAUUUAAUAACUGGUCGAUCCUCCUUUGGCAGCAAUAACCUCAAUCAAGCCUCUCCGGUAGAUGCGGAAUAGACCUGCACAACGUUCAGAAGGGAUGUUUUCAUGUUGGUAUGCAGUGCCGAUUCUACGCCAUAUGUAGUGCUGUGUGAUCUUCCCAAACAAUUCAACCUUAGUUGAACCAACAGUCCACAAAACAUUUUCCCAGUAGCGUUGUGGAGUGUCAAGGUGGUCUUUGGCAAACUUCUGGCAAGCAGCAAUGAUUUUGUUGGAAAGCAGCGGCUUCCUUUGUGAUGUUCUGCCAUGAACACCACACCUGUUUAAUGUUUUCCGUAUAGUAGACUCAUGAACAGAGAUGUUAACCAGUUCCAGUGAGUCCUUCAAGUCUUUAUCUGUCACUCUAGGGUCCUUUCUUAGCUCAUUGAUCAUUCUGCGGUGUGUCCUUUGAGUCAUCUUGGCUGGACGGCCCCUUCUAGUGAGAGUACCUAUAGUACUAAAUCACCUCCAUUUAUAGACAGUUUGUCUAACUGUGGACAGAUGAAUAUCUAACGGCCACUUCUAGUGAGAGUACCUAUAGUACUAAAUCAUCUCCAUUUAUAGUCAGUUUGUGUAACUGUGGACAGAUGAAUAUCUAACGGCCACUUCUAGUGAGAGUACCUAUAGUACUAAAUCACCUCCAUUUAUAGACAGUUUGUCUAACUGUGGACAGAUGAAUAUCUAACGGCCACUUCUAGAGAGAGUACCUAUAGUACUAAAUCACCUCCAUUUAUAGACAGUUUGUCUAACUGUGGACAGAUGAAUAUCUAACGGCCACUUCUAGUGAGAGUACCUAUAGUACUAAAUCAUCUCCAUUUAUAGACAGUUUGUCUAACUGUGGACAGAUGAAUAUCUAACGGCCACUUCUAGUGAGAGUACCUAUAGUACUAAAUCACCUCCAUUUAUAGACGUUUUGUCUCACUGUGGACAGAUGAAUAUCUAACGGCCACUUCUAGUGAGAGUACCUAUAGUACUAAAUCAUCUCCAUUUAUAGACAGUUUGUCUAACUGUGGACAGAUGAAUAUCUAACGGCCACUUCUAGAGAGAGUACCUAUAGUACUAAAUCAUCUCCAUUUAUAGACAGUUUGUCUAACUGUGGACAGAUGAAUAUCUAACGGCCACUUCUAGAGAGAGUACCUAUAGU